GAGGAGGACGAAGGACUGUGACUACUCGCAGGAAAUCAGGAGCAUCCCAAAAAUAGCAUCCAUCCAAAGACAGUAUGGCUGACUCCUCAGCAGCAUCAUUGGCAGAUGUUGAAACUGCUUUCCAGAAGUUUGCAGUUCAUGGUGACACUAAAGCCACUGGCAAGGAGAUGAACAACAAGAACUUUGCAAAACUGUGCAAGGACUGUCGUAUCACUGAUGGAAAAAACGUCACCACUACAGAUGUGGACAUCGUUUUCAGCAAAGUCAAGGCAAAAACAGCCAGAGUGAUAACUUUUGAGCAGUUCAAGCAGGCCUUGGCAGAGCUGGCUUCAAAACGCUUUAAAGGAAAGAGCCAGGAGGAGGCGCUGCAGCAGAUGUACAGCCUCAUUGCUGGGAAGGAGCCUGCUAAUGUUGGAGUCACCAAAGUUGCAAAGGCUGCUGCGGUGGACAGACUCACAGAUGCCAGCAAGUACACAGGGGCACACAAGGAGCGCUUUGAUGAGUCGGGGAAAGGGAAGGGGAAGGCGGGCAGAGAGGACAUCGCCGAUACUAGUGGAUAUGUGGGCGCGUACAAAGGCAGUGGCACUUAUGACGACAAAGUUAAAGAGGCUUAACUCACCUAUUAUGAGAAAAGUAAUAACGUUCAUCUAUUUUUAAAUAGAAAUACCAAUGGGGUAAUGAAUGAUACAUGAUACUUACUGGCAAGAUCCUCCCAUGGAACAUAAAAAAAACUAUUAUCUUGUAGCCCACAUCCUCUAUCAUAAUUAAAUUUCCAUUUUACUCUGAAUGUUAAAGCAGUGACCAAAAUGUUGGUAUUAGAUUUGCAUUGUGCCUUAUGAAUGAAAGAUAUGCCAUUAACAAAAUGCAAAAAUAUGUAAAAUGUACAUUUAAGUAUAAUCUCAAUGUCUGUUAGCAAUCACAAAAUGACCAAAGUGUAAUAGAACAAUAAUAAUCUUCCAGUUUAUCACUUGCAUUGUGUCUUAUUUAUUGGUAAGUUUAGUUUGAAAUGUUACUAUAUUGUGUUGAAUGAAUGUGAAUG